ACAAGUUCAGCUUUCUUAACUAUGAUAGAAAAUAAAAUAUAUAAGCAGAGAAGGUAACAACAGAGGUGCAGGGAAUGUUGGGGGAAAAAAACAUUCAUAACUUAGUGCAUGUACAUUUAAAUGUUCAUUCACGGUACAUGCACCAACACUUAUCCACGUCCAACAUGCAUAAAGCAUUAAUGACGGACAAUUGUUAAUGUGCUGAAUAAACCAGGGACUGUGAUAGGCAAAGUGAUAACGGGUUGCUCAGAAGGGGGGCGUUCACUGUCACAUGUUACAUAAAGGUGACCAAGUCAGUGUGUGUUGCUACUGGACCUCUGCACUGCAGAAAGGGAACAUUUGUAAGCAGCAUUUUUUCAAAGGUAACAGCUAUCUCAUUCUUAAAGGCUACUUUCAGUCUCGCCGAGACAAGCACGGAGAGAUGGCGGCUUCGCUUCUGAGGAUGGGACGACUGGGUUGUUUCAAGUGCUUGCAGGCUGACAGGUGGAGUACUCUAAGCAGAGCCCCUUUAGCUGUAGCCCUAAGCACAAAAUCUGGAGGUAACAAAAAAUCUUCCAAAAAAAACAUCUCAGACAAAGACCAGGCUAAAACAUACUUCGAUCUAGAGAAACUUGUCCAGCACAAGUCAUAUGUCCCUCCCAAGAAAGAAGUUUCUGCAGCGACAGCCGUGGCUGCAGCUGAAACAGUCGCUGAUCCAGUGCUGGGGGUUACUCUCACAGCUUCAGCAACAGAAUCCAUACCUGUUGCUGAAACAGUCUCUGAAUGUGUCCAAGAAGCUGUACCUGUUGCUGAAGCCUCCACUGAAGCUACACCUAUUAUUGAAGUUGUUGCUGAAGCGGUUGCUGAAACUGUACCAGUGGUUGAGGCUGUUGCAGAAGCUUUUGCUGAAGUCGUACCAGUGGGGGAAGCCAUUGCAGAGCCUGCUGCAUUUAUAGCUGAAACUGCUGCCACUCCACCAGCUGAACAGCCUGCUCAAGUUGCGUCAAUUGAAGAGUCAGCUUCAGCCCCUGAAGCCCCAGAGCCUGUGACUGAAACUGCUUCCGUAGACGUGGCCCCAGAGUCUGUAGCUGAAGCUGCUCCCCUAGACGCGGCCCCAGUUUCUGAAGCUGCUCCCGUAGACGCGGUCCCAGAGUCUGUGGCCGAAGCUGCUCCCGUAGACGCGGUCCCAGAGUCUGUGGCCGAAGCUGCUCCCGUAGACGUGGCCCAAGAGUCUGUGGCCGAAGCUGCUCCCGUAGACGUGGCCCAAGAGUCUGUGGCCGAAGCUGCUCCCGUAGACGUGGCCCAAGAGUCUGUGGCUGAAGCUGCUUCUUUGGACGUGGCCCCUGAGUCUGUGGCUGAAGCUGCUCCCCUAGAGGCGGCCCCAGAGUCUGUGGCUGAAGCUGCUCCUGUGGACGUGGCCCCAGAGUCUGUGGCUGAAGCUGCUCCUGUGGACGUGGCCCCUGAGUCUGUGGCUGAAGCUGCUCCCCUAGAGGCGGCUCCAGAGUCUGUGGUUGAAGCUGCUCCCCUAGAGGCGGCCCCAGAGUCUGUGGCUGAAUCUGCUCCAGUAGACGCGGCCCCAGAGUCUGUGGCUGAAUCUGCUCCAGUAGACACGGCCCCAGAGUCUGUGGCUGAAUCUGCUCCAGUAGACGCGGCCCCAGAGUCUGUGGCUGAAUCUGCUCCCGUAGACGCGGCCCCAGCGCCCGUAGCUGAAUCUGCCCUUGUCGAUGCUGCACCAGCGCCCGUGGAUGAAGCUACUCCCGUCGAAGUGGCCCCAGCAGAGGUUUCUGCCUCUGUAGAAAGUGCUGAAGAGCUGGUAGACCCUGCUCCAGUCAUAGCUGAAGCUGAAGGAGAGGAACUGCAGGUGGAAGCCCCAGCUGAAUUAUCUGAGGCUCCAAUGGACCCAAUUCAGAAGCUCUUCCUGGACUCCAUCCGCGAGUACUCUACAAAAAGCCAGGCCACUGGGGGGCUGGUCGAUGCAGGUUCAGAAUAUGAGAAGGCUUUAGCAGAGGAGAUUGCAAAGCUUCAGAGACUCUAUGGUGGUGGAGACCUAACGUCUUUCCCUGACUUCAAAUUCACAGAGCCCAGCUUGGAUGAAGUUUCCCAGAAGUGAACAUCAGCACUUUGCAAUGAACCUUUCCUACUGACACCUGUUUCCUGUACAUCUCCAUAGUGGAACAUUAAAUGUCUGCUUACUGUCAUGUUGCAACAAACCCUUGAAUCUCGCUUUGUGUCUGAGACUAGACUUGUUUCAAUGACUAGAUAUGGAAGAUAAAGUAGUAGAUGUACGUAUUUGGCAGACAAAGUGAGAGUGAGCUGUGACAUAAACUGUGUAAAUUGAUCCAUGUCAGAGCUUAGUAUAAGGAAAACAUUAAAUUCCAUUUCAUAUC